AUGGCUAUCCGGUAUGUGGAUGCCAGGCACGCCGGCGCAAACCACGAUUCCUUUGUUUUUAAUACAAGUGAUUUAAAGUCGUAUUUGCAGAGAAAUUCCUGGAUUUUAGGUGAUGCUGGCUACCCUCUACAAAGUUUUUUGAUGACUCCAUUUCGCAUGACAGAAACUGGUUCCCCAAAAGCUCGCUACAAUACUAUACACUCGAAAGCCCGAAAUAUUGUUGAGCGCACAAUUGGAGUAUUAAAGAGCCGAUUUCGUUGCCUUUUAUCUGCACGUGCCUUACAUUACUCACCAAACAAAGCUACACAAAUUGUGAACGUUUGUUGUGCCUUGCAUAAUAUAUGCCUACACUUUCGAGUAGAAGUUCCCGAAGAAAUGACACCAGCUUCAAGUACGGUUCAAAAGGAAGUAAAGAAGCAUUCAGUUGGUUCCGAGGAUUGUUCUAUAAAUCAAAGUGGUGCCGCGUUUGAAGCAGAAGAAGUUCUUGAGGAAGAUCCCGCCAAAGAUACGUUUGCAACAUAUGAGGAUUUAGCUACAGAGGAAAACAAAACUAGCGAAAAAUCAUUGGUACUGGUACUGUUCUGGUAG